CUCCCCAUUGCAACUUUUGCAGGCACUCACUCCACAGACAUGAUCGCCACCAGCUGAAGCCGAGACCUGCAAUUUGGCUCUUUCUGGGAGCCAAAAAACCCAUCCGGACCCGUGGAGUUAAGUUGCAGACAUCUUUUCAUCACCCCCCCUCCCCCGGACCGACCAUCAAACUGAAAACCUGGAUGCGAUUGUUUAUUUCAUCCUUUUCUCUCCCGAUGAACUGGUUAAGUAAUGCAGGAGACAGCAGCGAUUCUGUCCGCGGCACAAGAUGGCAGAUUUUUAUUGAGUUGUGAACAGUGCUGUCGCUUCAUUUUUUGCCAUGAAUAACAGAAAUCCUUGCACCGAUGGCCCCUGUAUACGAAGGUAUGGCCUCGCAAGUGCAAGUCUUCUCCCCUCACACUCUUCAGACAAGUGCUUUCUUUAGCGUGAAGAAACUAAAGGUGGAGCAGAGUUGUAACUGGGAUAUGACGGGGUACGGCACGCAUAGCAAGGUCUACAGUCAAAACAGCAAGCAGAGUGUCUCAGUCGCACCAGUGGGCAUUAACGGCGCCAGUCUCCAGGUCUCCAACUCUUCCCUGUCCUACGAACAGGCCCUCCUCUUCCCGGCCGGCUCGGGUCACAUUGUGGUGGCCUCGGCCAGCAGCACCUCUGGGGUGCCGGGUCAACUAUUGGGCAGCACAGGAAGUAGCGGGAGCGGCAGCGGAGGGCACAACCUGACGCGCCGCAGCACAGUCAGUCUGCUGGACACGUACCAGCGAUGCGGGCUUAAGCGGAAAAGCGAGGAGCUUGACAACAACAACGGCAGUGGAAGCGGAAGCAGCGUGCACGUAGUCGAGGAGCAGCAGCCACCAGUACCGAUGAUCCAGAACAACGCACAGAGUGGGGCCACCGUCGCCACGGCGACUGCAUCCACGACAGCGACGUCCAAGAACAGCAGUGCCAACAGCGAGGGCGACUACCAGCUCUUGCAGCACGAGGUACUUUGCUCAAUGACCAACACCUACGAGGUACUGGAGUUCCUGGGUCGAGGUACAUUCGGGCAGGUGGUGAAGUGCUGGAAACGUGGCACCAGCGAGAUCGUGGCCAUCAAGAUCCUGAAGAACCACCCAUCUUACGCACGGCAAGGACAGAUCGAAGUGAGCAUACUGGCACGGCUGAGCACGGAGAGCGCAGACGACUACAACUUUGUCAGGGCGUACGAGUGCUUCCAGCACAAGAACCACACGUGCCUGGUCUUCGAGAUGUUGGAGCAGAACCUGUACGACUUCCUCAAGCAGAACAAGUUUAGCCCGUUGCCGCUCAAGUACAUCCGACCGAUCCUGCAGCAGGUGGCCACCGCACUUAUGAAACUAAAGAGCCUUGGACUGAUCCAUGCCGACCUGAAGCCAGAGAACAUCAUGCUGGUUGACCCAGCUCGCCAACCCUACAGGGUCAAGGUCAUUGACUUUGGCUCUGCUAGUCAUGUCUCUAAAGCUGUGUGCUCUACCUACCUGCAGUCAAGAUAUUACAGAGCUCCAGAGAUCAUCUUGGGUCUGCCCUUUUGUGAGGCUAUAGAUAUGUGGUCCCUGGGUUGUGUCAUCGCAGAGCUUUUCCUAGGUUGGCCGCUCUACCCCGGAGCAUCCGAAUAUGACCAGAUUCGGUACAUCUCUCAAACGCAAGGUUUGCCAGCAGAGUAUCUGUUAAGUGCAGGGACGAAAACCACCAGGUUUUUCAACAGAGACCCCGAGUCCACCUAUCCUCUGUGGAGACUAAAGACACCUGAAGACCACGAAGCAGAGACGGGAAUCAAGUCAAAGGAGGCUCGCAAGUAUAUCUUCAACUGUUUGGAUGACAUGGCUCAGGUGAAUAUGACCACAGAUUUGGAAGGCAGCGAUAUGUUGGCGGAGAAAGCGGACAGGAGAGAGUUCAUCGACCUGCUGACCAAGAUGCUAACCAUCGACGCAGACAAAAGAAUCACGCCUAUAGAGACGCUCAACCACCCCUUUGUCACAAUGACACAUUUGCUGGACUUCCCGCACAGCGCACACGUCAAAUCCUGCUUCCAGAACAUGGAGAUUUGCAAACGUCGGAUAAACAUGUACGACACCGUCAAUCAGAGCAAGACCCCCUUUAUUACCCAUGUAGCCCCCAGCACCUCUACCAAUCUCACCAUGACCUUCAACAACCAGCUUAACACUGUGCACAGUCAGGCCACCAACCUGGCUCCCUCUUCCACCAGUGCCACCUUUUCCCUAGCAAAUCCUGAUGUCUCCAUACUAAAUUACCAAUCUGCACUCUACCAGCCUUCUGCGGCCCCUAUGGCUGCCGUGGCCCCCAGGACCAUGCCCCUCCAGCCCGGUGGGCCUCAGCUCUGCGCCGCCCGACCGGAUCCCUUCCAGCAGGCCCUGAUCGUCUGCCCACCUGGCUUCCAAGGUUUGCAAGCAUCGCCCUCUAAACACACCGGCUACUCGGUGCGGAUGGAGAAUGCAGUUCCCAUAGUAACACAAGCCCCCGGUCCUCAACCUCUCCAAAUCCAGCCAGGCCUGCUGACACAGCAGGCCUGGCCAUCUGGUACUCAACAGAUCCUCCUCCCUCCGGCGUGGCAACAGCUCACACACACCUCCGUGCAACACGCCACCGUCAUCCCCGACUCCAUGACCGGCACACAACCUCUGGCUAACUGGAGGAAUUCACAUCCCCAUGGCAGCCAUUACAAUCCCAUUAUGCAACAGCCAGCCUUACUGGCGGGUCACGUCGCCCUGCCCUCCCAGCAACCUCUCAAUGUGGGUGUGGCUCAUGUCAUGAGGCAGCCAUCAAACAAUAGCUCCUCCUCCAAAAAGAACAAGCAGCACCAGAUGACCAACAGGAACGUAUCGUAUGACGUGUCCUCCACCCAGGCAGUCACGUCACCUCAGCGCUCCAAGCGUGUGAAGGAGAACACCCCUCCACGAUGCGCGGUGGUUCAGAACGGCCCAUCUACAACCUGCGCCCCAUCCCAGACCUGUGGGGUUGGAGGAGGGGGGUGGGGCGUAGAGCAGACAUGUAACACCACACGAGACCACCACGGUCAACAUAACCCUCCGCGACACACCAUUGUCAUCGCCGACACUCCCAGCCCGGCCGUUAGCAUCAUCACCAUCAGCAGCGACACGGAUGAAGAUGAUGACCACAAACAGCCCACUAACACCAGCAUGUCAUCUAAACAGAGGAAAAAUGUCAUUAGCUGUGUGACGGUCCAUGAUUCCCCUGACUCUUACUCCAGCAAUACCAGCCCUUACGCUGUGGAGACCCGGCCAAAUGGACCCAACGCCAAUGGCUACGACUCGAAGGUCGCAGUCCUGGACAACUACAGCAACGGGAACCCUCGUACCAUCAUUAUCCCCCCUCUGAAGAACCAGCCCAGCGACAACCUGGGAGAGUGUGAUAGACUCUUGCCUGACACAAUGAACCACCAGAACUCCACCUAUAAGUUCAAGACCUCCAAUGGAGGUUUGUCGGGCACCAACCACUCAUCAGGGGGCGUGACUGGAAAUGGGUCAUAUCGUCAGCAGCGCACUGGGCCACACCCCUUUCAACAGCAGCCUCUUAAUCUCAGCCAGGCCCAGCAGCACAUGCAGGUCGAGCGAAACGGAGCUCAUCGACGGCAACAGGCUUACAUCACCCCCACUAUGGCCACCCAAGCUCAAUACUCUUUCCACAACAGCCCCACCCACACAGCUCAUCUGGCACCACCUCAUCUGGCGGGACAACCUCACCUCUAUACCUACACUGCUCCCACGGCACUGGGGUCCACAGGAACGGUGGCCCACCUGGUCGCUUCCCAGAAUUCGGCCCGUCACGCGGUCCAGCACGCCAGCUACCCUCCAGGUAUCGUCCACCAGGUGCCUGUUAGCAUGGGCCACCGCGUUCUGCCCUCGCCCACCCUGCAUCACGGCCAGUACCAGGCGCAGUUCGCGCACCAGACCUACAUCAGCGCAUCACCUGCCUCCACUGUCUACACUGGAUAUCCGCUGAGCCCCACUAAGAUGAACCAGUACCCUUACCUCUGAAGCUGAAACACUGGAGCCCAGCCAAUCGCUGCUUGCCAUUUCUACCCCACCCCUCCAGAGUCAGAGAGACGUGCUUAAGCCUAUCACCCCUUAACCCCGCCCCUUCAUGCUUAAACUUGAAGACAAUGAAGAUGCUGAUGGAUAGAGCAAGUGUACUCUUGGAGGAAACAGAAGGGUACUAUGGAGCUUUUUUUUUUUUUUUUGAUGACUUUUAUUUUGCCUUCUCAAAAAGGGCCAGUUUUUACUUUCUUUGAGAGAAAGAGAGAGAUUUGGGAUUUGUUUUUGUUUUUAAUAGAAGUUGAAGAAGUUUUCCUUUACAAGUUCUCAUCAACGGCUGUUUGGGAGAGACAGAGCUUUGUUAAACCAAGGUUGUGUUUGGUUUUUUCUUUUCUCGAAAUCAUUCACUGACUGUUGAGCCGGCGUCACGACGUGGAUGUAUGAAUUCCUGGGAAUUAUUGGAUAAGGUGAAAUACGGAUAUUUGCUGCUCUUCAAAGAAAAAAUCUAAUGAUGGCCUUGUACUGUCUUAAACGUUUCCAAAUUACGUGCGGCGAGCGGUAUGUCCAUACCCCGCCGCGCUCUCCCGAAUACACCUGGAGGGAACAUUUUGGAAAUAGGAGACUUUAUAGUGUAUUUAUAGACUUUUAUUUGUUUGCGUUCACAUUUAGAAAAGAAAAUACGUUUUUGUCAUACCGUAGAACAUUAGCUGGGCCCCUCUUUGCAGAAUGUAGCAGUCUGCACCCAUUUAUUUAAUGAAGAACCUUUCUGAUACCAAUGGAUAAUUUGUGUUCCUCUUUUAAUGUGAUUGCACAAAAGUGGUUUCAAUAACAUAGGCAUGUUCAACAUGGUAGUCGGUCGUGUGUUUGCGUGCACGCGUGCGCCCGCGGAAAGCGGCGUACGUUGCACCGCCCGCACAUUUGUGCGCUAUAUUCCUCCACAGUCUUAGGUUUAUCAUUGUUACCUCGUAGUGCCUUACAUUUAUUACGACAGUUUACUUGGCUGGAAACCCUCUAGAACCUGAUGCUAGUCUGGGAAUUGGCUCCUAGGUUGAACGUCUUUAUCCGUGCUGUUAUGUUAUUAAGUUCAUGGUGUAAGUGUUAUAGCCCUAAAUGUUAUUUAAGCGCUUUAUUCACAAAAAUAGGCACCUGCAGCGUGCUUCUUGUUUAGCGUGCAUGAGGUUGUUUUACAUUUAGCCUGGGGUAAUGAACCAAAGUUGUCAUUUAAAGUAACUUUUGUUCUAGAUAGUGAAUAUAAUGAUAUAUAGGCUAGCAUAUUUACUGUACAUACCGAAGCUAUGGUUUGGUCAUCUUGCGAUCAAUGCAACUUCACUGAUGUUAAAGGUGUAAUGUGUUUUUAGCGGUAUCUAGUGGUGAUAUUGCGAAUUGCAAUCGAUCUCAAAUUCGCAAUGCAACGAGAAGCUACAGUAGCUGCCACUUGACAUCGUAAAAGCGACUUCCAUGUAAGGAGACCCGCGGUGUAUGUAGAUAAAAACGACUUUUUCUAAGGUAAUAAAAACAAUACAGUUCGUUGUACAAUGUCAGGUCUUUAUACACCACUGAUAACAUAGUUAUGUAUAUUAUAUUGCAUUUCUGUCAAAAGAUUCUUUCUAAAAAUGACACAUUGCACCUUUAAACUGUAUACAGUAUGUCAUAGGGGAUUUACAUGUAUAUUUAAUGGAUAAAGUGUACCACUCAGUUUAACUUAAGAUCGUGCCACACAAUUUGUCAGGAAAGAAAAACGUGCAUUCUAGGCCUGGAUAGGUCGACCAAGGAGAAAAACUGUGUGUGGAUGGCUGGAGCUGAUAGCCUGUCGGAGCCUGGGGCAGAAGUGGUUUAAUGACCAUAAGCCUAGGAGAAUUCGAGAAAGAUGGUUUUAUUAAUGAAAGGAACAGCUGAGGUGCUUGUGGACGGUGGUGGAUUGUGAAGGGAACUGUUGGAAGAGUAAAAGAAAGCAAGUUCCACAUUUUUAAUGAGAAUAGCAUGUUGGCUUUAAGCAUGUUGGUAGAUGCCGAAGGAAGCCGUGCAGCGAGGGCAUUGCAUGACAGAGCACCAUACUCAGAUUUGAGCAUCUUUCAGGGUUCUUCGUCAAUUCGUGGGGUUUUAUUAUGGAGGCUUAUACGGCUAAAGGGCGAGCUGAAGAUGUCUGGGACAAACUGUUUCAAAACUGACUUUGUUCACUUUUGUCUUACCACAGGAAUCACUCAUACCACAGGAAUCACGUCAGUAAGAUAAUGAAAGUGUAGGAAACUGUGGGCCAACGCGUGUGUUUUUGCUGCUUAUUUUAACAUUGAUAUGUUAGCCAAUCAUUUAUUUGACGCUGUGUCCUAGCCAUGUGUGAUGCAAUAAAACAAUGAGCUUGUUCAUGUAAAUCUGACCUUUAAAAUCAGCUGCGACAAACCACAGGGUUUUGCUGGUCACCUACACUGUAAACUGUUCAACAUAAGUUAACAAAGCCCCGUGCUCAGUGCAUGUUUCUUUAAAUAAAUUAUUAACCUUAAAAACCUGUGCAGUAGAGGGUUAAAUCAUUUUUUACUUUUUUAUAAGUUAUGUCAACAAUAUACUAGUAAAAAACCUAAAAUUGUAGGUUUAAUUGACUUGCAUGCAUCAUUGCAUUUUUUUGCACAGAUCUGCAAAAACCAUUAAAAACGCUGUAUUAUGCGUGCCAGGCCAGUAGAUGGCGAUAUUACUUUGUAAAGAAACAAUACAUGCCUGCGCACAUAUGCAUUCUUCUACUGAGCAAUAAAUUCACACAAUCAAGACAGUCAAAGCAUCAAGCAGAUUGUUUAAACAUACAAUGAGGUUGGAUUAUCAAAGCGACCCUGGACUAUAAAGCACCGUAAUUUGGCAAAUUUUGCUUGUGAAGCGUUUAUAAACGUAUUAUCUGCAGUAACCUAAACACAGACCUGAAGGUCACCAUUGUUGUUUGGUUACUGUACAUUUGCGCUUGGCAUGCCUAUAGAUUGACUUAAUACGUACAUGACGUGACCGUUAUCACAGACGAAUGUUUUGAAGUUUACACAAAGACAACAAUGUGUCGUUUUCAAAAACUUCACUUUAAAACCUUUCUUCAAAAGCCUUCAUAGGACCCCAAAACUCUGUUGUCGUGUAAAUAUACAGCCAAAACACAUUAAAACUUUCCUGGUUUCAGUCGAAAAUGUUGCCAUAACCCCUUUGAGCAUGGAAUAUAGUGUUUUUACAUGUGCGCGGGCAUACGUGCACGGUCAAAUGCACAGCUUUGCAAAGUUUAUUUUACCCGUACAUGUACACAGAUGUUUGACCAAUGCGCAAUGUGCAAAAAAAAAAUUCCUUUGGGUUUUUUAAAAAUUUCACGGACAAACGACAACACUGUACAAAAUAUCAUCAAUUACACAGAUCUGCAAAAAAAAACCAUAAAACAUUCUGUAUUACACAUGCCAGGCCAGUAGAUGGCGAUAUUACUUUGUAAAGAAACAAAAUGCAAUGCAUCUCCUUGGCUACAUACUAGAUUCUCCUGUACACGUAUACGCAACUUACACGUACAAAGUACACGCAGUUACAAAAUCUAGCAAUGCUGACAUCGCGGGCACGCGCGUCGAAUUUCUGGGUCGAAGAAUCUGUUUCAGCCCACGCAGUACUUUUAAAUGUGUGUCAUGCAAUAUCCACUUUUCGCCGCAAGGUUGUAGUAUGUUUUUACUAAAUACGACAAUAAAUAGGUCAAGUCCGACCACCGGAAGCGUUUGAUAUUUUUAACUUUCAACUCGGAGGUGUUUUUGAUUCACAGCAACUGUUUAAACAUUUGUGUCAGUUUCAACCGGGCGGUGUGCUUCCACUAAGCUCUGGUCUCUAAUGAAAGGUAGAUGGACCCAAAUAAAUAUCUUUUAUCUUGGUCCUGAAACAUUGUAGUCUGAGUCUAUGGUGGAGAAGGUAUUUAAAUAAACCGCGGAAAUUUGGUAGUCACGUAUCUAUUAAUAGACUACAGUGAACGCUCUGUCAGAACGUCCACUGCAGGAAUCGUUCUAAAAACCAUAGUUACCAUGGGUCUGAUGCACAUUCCAACUAAAGUUUGAUGCCCAUUCCAACUAAAACAGUAAAUGUUUAUAAUUUAUUUUGAAAGUACUAACAAAAUUCUACCUUCUGUUAAAAUUUCAUGCAAAUAUCUGAUAAAAUGAGAGAGUUACAAGCAAAAACUUGUGAAUAAGCAGCAUUUCGGUCACACACAUUCCAUAGACAUCCAUAUAUAACUUUUUCCCCUGAUUUCUAAUAUUAAAAAUAUCAUAACUUUCUCAAUACUCAACAGAUUUUUACAAUCCUUGUUUCUUUGCAAAUGGUAAUGUCUGCUCUGUCUAGUCAUGUGAUAAAUUUAGAGUUUUGGGGUUUUUGAAAAUUUUGUCAUCAUACCUACAAAAUCUGGCUGUACAUGGACCCUCGCAUGUGCAUAAAAACCCACCCAGAGCAAAAUCUCAUUGGUUUAACUCCACUUCAAUUAUGUUUUGACUGGCUUUUAUUUUCAGUGUGGGCGGACAAAUGAUAUUAGUUUGUGUUCGUUUUUGCAUAGCUAUGGUUUGGACACAGUGUUAAUGUGUUUUGUCGUCAGAAUGUGGGUAUAUGUAUUAGGGAUGCACCGAAUCCAGGAUUCGGAUUCGGAUUCGGCCGAAUACUGGGCUUUUUGACGGGGUUCGGGUUCGGCCGAAUCCUAGAUUUUUUUUCCACCGAACCGAAUCCUAGGCUUGCGCUACGCUGGUCGACAUCACGCGGCCGUUGAUUACACACAUCGGGUGCUGACGUGGAGAUGAGCUUUUUCUUUCGGUGAGCUUUAGGGGCUGGACACACCAAAACUUUUAAACACGGCUGAAAACGCCUUGAGGACACCAAAUGCCAGCUGUUUUUCAGCCGAGCGCUUGGUAGCUGUGAUGCUUCAGCUGUGAGCCGGUUGGUUGCUGUGGUAAUGUCCCGCCCCUCCUCCAUUGGAUGGCCGUGUGAAAACUGACAUUGACGAGCGGAGCUUCUCACUCAAAGUUAAAUAUUGUUUUCAGCGCGGAGCUGCUUGCUUAUUGGAAAAACGAGCGUGUCGCAACGCAUCGCUUUCAUUAUGCAUAGGCUUAUGGUAAUUGUCAAAAUAGUUUUCCAACUUGUCAUCCUGGCAUAAUGUACAGUUAAAAUUAAAUAAAAUGAAAAAUACAUGCUGUGGACGUUGUAUAAUUCAUUAAUGUGUUAUACUGCGUUAAUGGAAUAAGGAUGCGAGUAGGAUUCGGUAUUCGGUUUCGGCCGAAUCUUAAACGGUGGAUUCGGGAUUCGGCCGAACCUAAAAAAUAUGGAUUCGGUGCAUCCCUAAUAUGUAUAGAGUAUCAAAUAUAUAUUCCCUUCUGCCCUCUUGUCAUGCCAUAGUACCUGCAUUUGAAGUAGUUUUAUUUUUACUUUGAGGUGUUCGUAUUUCAAUGUUUUAUGUUACUAGAUAUAUUGUGUUUAUGUAGAGAGUGUUGCAAUAAUUUUUGUCGAUGUUCGUUAAUGCAUUUUUUGUUAUUUGUCAAGCAUCGUAUUUUUGUUUUUCGGUAGUUGAUACGUAACAGGGAUGUUGAUUAUCCAUACGUGAACCCUCCUAAGUUGGCAGAAAGCCUAUACUUUUUAAAUUUGCUUGGCCAGGGUCUGACACCUAGUUACAUUCUACCCCAACCUUCAUUUCGAAUCAGAAGCUUGAUGUUUAUGCUCACAAAGCUGUGUCUAUAGUUGGAUGCCUAUGUAAACACACACAAAAAAGCUUCUUUGUUGUUAAAGCCACAUAAAACAUUCCAUUCCAGUCCGGAGCCGUUGGUGUACCUAAAGCCUCCAGUCAAUAGAGCUGACCAGUACAACCAAACUGGGACUUCACAGGCUUUUAAGUACUUUAUGUUCCUCCCACCAAAGAUAUUCAGCAUGUCACUGAUGCAUAGACUUGAACCCUGGCUGCAAUGGAGGACACUGUGUUUCACUGAUAUUUGAACAACGAAAGACAGGGUUGAUCAGUUCAGAAAUGAUCUUGUAUAUAAGUGGCAUAUGUAGGAAUUCACUCAGAUCUUACAAUGCAGUGAAAAAGCACCAAAAUAGCAAAAAAGCCUGCUUUUGUACUCUUUCAUUGUAUAUUUUGUCAGUGGUACUUCUCUUUGUUGACAAAGAAAAGAUGUCCUGAUUGCAAAUAGGGUCAGAUGAGUCGAUAGAAGAUUAACAUAAUUACGUUUCUUUUAAGUUUUAAACAUAAAAUGUCACCUAUAUGCUUUUUUAGUUUUAGUUUUACUUUUAUUUUCUAAUGUUAAAGUAUUUUUCUUUUCCCAGCUUAUGCAGAAAACCAUUUGUAGGUUGACUUCCUAAAGAAUAUGAACACUGUGGGGCUUUCAGCUUUGCUCUAUUUGGUUGAGCGGCUUGACAGGGUUAAAUUAUUGGCCCAUAUAGUGGCCUUUGAAUUGAAUCUGGUUAAUAACUUUAAUUUACUUUUAAUAAAGUGCAUAGUGGUAAACUAAAAUCUGAACUAAAAUACAUUUUCAUUAUGUGUAGUAAUUGUUAUUACUGAAUUUUGUCACUUUGGGACAAAGUCUUGAUCUUCAUGUAGCAUAAAUUUGAAUCAAUACUACAUUUCUAUUAUUUUCUCCAAAUUAUACAUUUCAGUGUGUUUUACUUAUAGUUCAAUUCAUAGAAAGCCAAUCCUACAAAUGUAAAUGUUUGUUUUAUACAAUUCUGAACCUGUUCUGAAAGUUUAUGUUGUAACAUGUUUGUUUUUCUUUUUUUUUUUAAGUUUGUAAUCAUCAAAGUAGAAAGUAAUUUAGAAAUAAGCAUUCAUACAAUUUGCAAUGUAUUUUUAUGUAAGCCAUCUUAUUAUUCACGGUGUGAUUUUAAUAUCAAAAUCCUGCCUUCUCCAUAUAAUACACAUGAAGCUUUAAAAAACAUGGAUUUAAAAGUCUGCUCACACAAAAUGUCCAACUUUCAGCAUUGUGGAUCCCUCCACCGUAUGGAUUGAAAAACAUUCCUGCAAAAAAAACCAUUGCCAGAACUGGUUCCCAAAUCAACAUUGUCAGCAUACAAAUAUUUUAAAGCACAUAAUCAUGAAUUAACUCAAGCUUGGAUAAUGUUUUACUAUAUCGUGGCCAGAGUGCUUCUAUAUUUGUGAAGCUUCUUCAUUUGUGUAUUCUCCUUGUUUUUAAAAUGUAUCACGUACACACGUGUUUGCUCAGAGAGGACACAAUAGAGGUUCAGACACAAUGUAUGAAUGUGCUAAGAGGCCAAAUAUGACAAUACGGCCAUUCUCCAUGCGUUGUUUUAGAACCAAAAAAGGGAAACAACAAUCUUCAUGCCCAAGACAUCAUUCAAUUCAUGUUUAGACUGUGUUAGGAAACUGUAUUAUGGAGUGACAUAAACGUAAGCAUCUGUAUUAAUUAUUAUCUGGGUAAAACCAUAAUCUUUUCACACAACUGUGAAUGCUAGUGAACAUUGUAAAGCUCUGACAGAAAUGUCAUUUGUCACAAAAGUCGCCACAGUAACCUGUCAUGUAGCCGUGAUACACUGUAGCCGUUGUGCAACCAUCCAGAACAGUUUUCUACUUGCACAGCAGCAAAAAUUCACAGUAAAAUGUAAAAAACACAAAACAAAUAUUUUUCUACAAUGUAUCGAGACCUAAGAACGCAUCCGACACCCCAGUCCUACUUUUGUCGAUUGCUGUAUGGUUUCUCAGUAGUGUGUAUCACAUUAGUUGUUGUCAAAGCUGUUGUGUGCUGCAGUAUUUCCAGGUAUACUUAUUUGUUUAUUGUCCUUUUUUAUUAUUAUAAUUUUGCUUUGUUUAUUGGGGAUUUGAAGAAGUGUGAUGUCUCAUUAUUUUAAUCUGUUAACGUAGCAUUAUAUGUACCCUAUACCUUAGGCUAACAUUAUUAAGUAUGCUAUGAGAAUUGAUAUUUUACUGGCUUUAUAGAAUGUUCAAAUGAAUAUAAUAAUGACAAUAAUAAGAAUGAUUUAACUCCUAAAAACUGAGUACUUGCUACUAAGCGCUUGUGUUACCAUUACCAAUGUUGUGUGCUUCUCUUAAUAAUUUUCGUUGUAGAAAAAAAAUGAGUGGAUUUUGUUAGGCUUCAACAACUAAUGAUAGCAAUGUACAUUCAUGGAGGAUUUUUAACAAACACGGGGGGUUAUAGAAGAAUAUAGUUAUUUUAAUCGUUCUAUUUACUAACUGUAGGAUGUGAAGGGGCUUGCGUCGUGGUGAACUAUGUUAUAGCUUGUUAUUCACUGUUACUUUUGAUCAUUUUUCGGUCUCCAAGGUGAAUCGAGUUAUUAAAGGAAAUUUGUAUGCUCACAUAUGCAUAUUGUAUAUGUGUAGAAAUGUAAUCACACUUUGUCUUGGAUUUACAUUAAACUGUUAAGUCACGA